CUCUCUCCCUCUCCCCUAAAGUCUCUCGCCCCUGUGACGUCACUGCCUCUCUGGUAAAAGAAGCAGUAGCGGCUCAAACACACACACAUACACAUACACACACACUUACUCCUCUCUGUCUCAUUCUCUGGGUGUGUGUGACAGAAUGUGACAGUGCGUGAAGAAGAGGAGAAGAAGAGAACGAAGAAGAAGAAGAAGGUGAAGAGUUGACCCCCUCCCUCCCCCCUCUCCCCGUCUCUGUCUGUGAACAUGGAGCGGACCGGAACUUUCCUCCUGUCCUACUGCCUUUUUCUGCUCUCACUGGGACUAAGUGGCGCGCGCGCGGACACCUUUAAAGCAUGUCUGUCCGGCACGUCUCCAGAAUGUUCUCUGGUUCAGUCCAAAGAGGACGACUUCGACUGGGAGCAGGGAGACACGAGAGAGAGGCCGGCGCUUUAUUCCUGGGUCCCUGCAGGUUCCUCCUUCCUGUUUGUGAACACCUCUGGUCGUCACAGCGGUCAGCGGGCUCAGCUGCUGCUGCCCCCCCUCAAAGAAAAUGACACACACUGUCUCAACUUCCUGUUUUAUCAGGGAGGAGGUCGAGAGGCCGCGCCCACUACGCUAAACAUCUACAUUAAAGAGAACAACAGUCCUCUGGGAGUUCCUGUCUUCAACUCGUCAGGCCCCGCCUACCACGCGUGGAAGGGGGUGGAGCUAGCCGUCUCCACGUUCUGGCCCAACUUUUACCAGGUGGUGUUUGAAGCGGUCAGCACAGGUCACAGAGGAGUUCUGGCCAUCAGGGAUAUUACCCUGCAGGGACACCAGUGCAUGAGCACACCUCACUUCUUGCACAUCAAAGGUGUGGAGGUAAACGCAGGUCAGACGGCGACAUUUCACUGCACUGUCAACGGACGACCGCAAAGUAACGUGCUGCUCUACCUGCAGGGCAUGUCUGGUCGUCAGGCAGCGGUCAGAGAAACCAAACCAGUGAACUCCCGACGUUACGUUGCAAGUUUCGACGUGACAAACACAAGUCGAGGAGACACCGGACGCUACCGCUGCAUCAGCCAAUCAGAGAGAGGCGUGGGCGUGUCCUCCUACGCUGAGCUGACGGUCAAACAACCCCCCGUCCCCAUCGCCCCCCCUCAGCUGACAGCGGUUGGUGCCACCUACCUCUGGAUUCAACUUAACGCCAACUCCAUCAACGGAGACGGACCAAUCAUAGAGAGAGAGGUGGAGUAUCGCACCACCUUGGGCAUGUUGAUAGACACCACACCUGUGGACAAACCUACUCACAAGAUCGGCCACCUCGACCCCGACACUGAGUACGAGAUCAGCGUCCUGCUCACCAGGCCCCUGGAGGGGGGCACGGGCAGCCCCGGUCCACCUCUCCGAGCGAAGACCAAGUGUGCCGAUCCCAUGCACGGCCCGCGGCGUCUCGAGGUGGUGGAGGUUCAGUCCAAACAGGUGACUGUGCGGUGGGAACCGUUCGGGUACAAUGUGACCCGUUGCCACAGCUACAAUGUGACGGCACAGUACCGCUACAAACCUGCAGGGGGCACCAACAGGGAGCAAGUGAAGGAGGAGGUACGAGAGGAGGUGCUGUACGACACCCUGAGUUCAGCGCCACAACACACCGUACGUAACCUUCCACCGUACACCAACGUCAGCCUGAGACUGGUCCUCAGUAACCCUGAAGGGAGCAAGGAGAGCGAGGAGCUGCUGGUGCUGACCGACGAGGACGUCCCUGGAGCCGUCCCGCUCGACUCCGUGACCGGCAGCAGCUACGAGCAGCAGAUCAGCCUCAGCUGGAGGGAACCUCUACAGAAGUACGGCCUGAUCCGACAAUAUGAGGUCUCCUACAAAGCCCUGAGCUCCUUUGACACGGAGUUCGAUCUGUCCAAUCAGAGUGGAAAGGUGUUUAAAACAGCCAAUGAGACAAGUCAUGUCUUCACCGGCCUCUUCCCAGGCUCCACCUACUCCUUCACAAUAAGAGCCUCCACUAUCAAAGGCUUUGGACCGCCUGUGAUCACACAGUUCACCACCAAGAUCUCAGCUCCUCUGAUGCCAGCCUAUGACCAGGAGUCUCCUCUGAACCAGACAGAGACCAGCGUGACCGUCCUGCUGAGACCAGCUCAGAGCAGAGGAGCUCCAGUCAGCAAGUACCAGGUGGUGGUGGAGGAGGAGCGCCCCCGCAGGCAGAAGAGAGGUACUGCAGAGAUCCUGCGCUGUUACCCCGUGCCCAUUCACUUCCAGAACGCUACGCUGCUCAACUCGCAGUAUUACUUCAGUGCGGAGUUGCCGAUGAGUGAACUGAGAGCGCCCACACCCUUCUGUGUCGGUGAUAACAGGACGUACAGUGGUUAUUGGAACGCUCCUCUGCUGCCUCACAAGAGUUAUGGCAUCUAUUACCAGGCCGUGAGCUCAGCCAAUGGGGAAACCAAGAUCGACUGUGUGCGAGUUGCCACAAAAGCUGCUAUAAUCGUCACCCAGCUCACCACGCCGUACGUCCGCGUCGCCCCGGCGGCAGGCGACAAGCAGCUGACAGGCGCAGCCACCAGGAAACCAGAGCCAGAGCAGGGCAACCAGUCGGACCACACGGUGAAGAUCGCCGGAGCCAUCGCCGGGCUGCUGCUCUUCAUCAUCAUCUUCCUCGGCGUCGUGCUGCUAAUGAAGAAACGACGAAGAAACUCUCAGUCCUACACUUAUUACCUGAAGUUGGCAAAGAAAAGAAAGGAAACUCUGAGCUCUAGACAGGAAAUGACUCUGAUGGUCAACAGCUCGCAACACACCACGGUGGUGGACGCGCACGCGCACACACUGAACGGACGCACCGUUUCCUCUCCAUCCUCCUUCACCCUGAAGUCAAACACCAUCAGCACCAGUGUCCCCACCUCCUACUACCCAGACCCCUUUGUACCAACGGCCAUUCUGGUGCCCAUUAAUGACGACAGUCAGACCAUGAACAGCGAGACCAGCAGCCUCGUCCAGUCGCACUACAAGCAGCGGGAAGCGGACCGAGAGGCGGUGACGUACCAGACGGGUCAGCUGCACCCCGCCAUCCGGGUGGCCGACCUCCUGCAGCAUAUCACGCAGAUGAAGUGUGCUGAAGGUUACGGCUUCAAGGAGGAGUACGAGCUGAACGAGAGUUUCUUUGAGGGACAGUCCGCUCCGUGGGACUCGGCUAAAAAGGACGAGAACCGGAUGAAGAACCGAUACGGAAACAUCAUCGCCUACGAUCACUCCCGUGUGCGUCUGCAGUCUCAGGAUGGAGAAAGCGGCUCAGACUACAUCAACGCCAACUUCGUGGAUGGUUACCACAGACCCAACCACUACAUCGCAACACAAGGUCCUAUGCAGGAGACAGUGUACGACUUCUGGCGAAUGAUUUGGCAGGAAAACACUGCUGCCAUCGUCAUGGUAACCAACCUGGUGGAGGUGGGAAGGGUGAAGUGUUGUAAGUACUGGCCCGAUGACACUGAGAUUUACGGCGACAUGAAGGUGACGUUGAUCGAGACUCAGCUUCUGUCGGAGUACGUGAUCAGAACGUUUGCUGUGGAGAAGAGGGGCGUGGCCGAGAUCAGAGAGAUCCGUCAGUUUCAUUUCACCGGCUGGCCUGACCACGGCGUGCCGCUCCACGCCACCGGCCUGCUGGGCUUCAUCCGCCGUGUCAAGGCCAAAACUCCGCCCACGGCCGGCCCCACAGUGGUUCACUGCAGUGCGGGGGCAGGGCGUACUGGGUGUUUCAUCGUGAUCGACAUCAUGCUGGACAUGGCGGAGAGAGAAGGUGUGGUCGACAUCUACAACUGUGUCAGAGAGCUGAGGGCGCGGCGGGUCAACAUGGUGCAGACGGAGGAGCAGUACGUCUUCAUCCACGACGCCAUCUUGGAGGCCUGUCUCUGCGGCGACACGGCCAUUCCAGCCAAUCAGUUGCGUUCAGUUUAUUACGAGAUGAACCGACUGGAUCCUCAGACCAACUCCAGUCAGAUCAAAGAGGAGUUCAGGACUCUAAACAUGGUGACACCGACGCUGCGGGUGGAGGACUGCAGCAUCGCUCUGCUGCCUCGGAACCACGAGAAGAACCGCUGCAUGGACGUGCUGCCGCCCGACCGCUGCCUGCCCUUCCUCAUCACCAUUGACGGAGAGAGCUCCAACUACAUCAACGCCGCCCUCAUGGAUAGUUACAAGCAGCCAUCAGCCUUCAUCGUUACCCAGCAUCCUUUGCCAAACACUGUGAAGGACUUCUGGCGUCUGGUCCUGGACUAUCACUGCACGUCCAUUGUCAUGCUAAACGACGUGGACCCUGCACAGCUGUGUCCUCAGUACUGGCCGGAGAAUGGCCUCCAUCGUCUGGGUUCACUGCAGGUGGAGUUUGUCUCCGCUGAUCUGGAAGAAGACGUCAUUAGUCGUAUCUUCAGGAUCUAUAACACGGCCAGGCCACAGGACGGGUACCGUAUGGUCCAACAGUUCCAGUUCCUGGGUUGGCCAAUGUACCGGGACACGCCCACAUCCAAACGCUCCUUCCUCAAAUUGGUUCAUCAGGUGGAGAAGUGGCAGGAGGAGUACGACGGAGGAGAGGGACGGACGGUGGUACACUGCCUGAAUGGAGGCGGUCGCAGUGGCGUUUUCUGCAGUGUCAGUAUCGUGUGUGAAAUGUUACGGCAGCAGCGCUGCGUUGACGUCUUUCACGCCGUCAAAACGUUAAGAAACAACAAACCAAACAUGGUCGACCUGCUGGAACAGUAUAAGUUCUGUUACGAAGUUGCUCUGGAGUAUCUCAACCCUGCGUAACUUCCACCUGACUCAUCCUCCACCUCCUCCUGUCAAUCAUCAUGAUCACCAUCAUCACCACGGUCAUCGUCAGUGAGCAGGGAGGAGGCGGGGCUACAGAGGGAGGAGGCGGAGUCCACUACUGACUGAAGGCGAAGAGGAGCAGUACAAUUUUGCACUGAAGCAUGAACACAGACUCUUGUCACGUUGUUGUUGCUGUUGUUAUUGUUGUUGUUGUUUUUUCCUGUUUUACUGUAUCCAGAAUCUGAAACUAAAAGAACCAAAACAGUACGACAGGAAUCUGUUCUUUAAAAAGGGGGCGGAGCCCAAAGAAGUACCACGUUUCAAGUAAAUACAGACGGCAGCGUUAUGAGUCGGAGAUCGUCUGUCAGGUUCAGAUUCUGGAAUUGUGUUGAUGUUUUUUUUAAUAUAUUUUUUAAAUAAAUCUGACAUUCGUCCGUCUUCUUCAGUGGAGUUGGAAAAGAGAACGACCAGGACUGGAGUAACGUCAGCAGCUGGGCGGGGCUAACUGCUGAUAAUGUUAAUAAUGUAAAUAAAGCAGGAAGUUAAAUAUUUAUUCCUUCAUUGUUUCACGGUAAUGUCAUCUCUCUGAAGCACAAAGACACAGUCAUUUAAACCCUAGUUAGUUUAAUCCUGGUCAUACGUUCAUCUGGAUUACUGAAUCCAAAACUAGGCUGAUUAAAAACUGAUCAGGGAUAUCAACAAAACUCGUGUAACUUGUCUAAACCCCGGUUUGGUUUAACAUAGAUCUUGGUUAGUUUACCCCCCUGAAAUGUGUUACCCCAAGUAAAAUUAUUGGAUUUUAUUUACCAUGGUAGAUCAUGCAUCUGGUGUGGUUUAGUUUAACACCAGGUCUGGAUUCUCUCACUUGGGAUAAAACACACCUGUGUAAGUUCUUAUUCUUGUUAG